AUGGGCAGAUUACCUGGAGGUACUUACGGAUACCGCCUGACAACGGCGAGAGGGAACUUGCACACAUGUCAAACCUCUGGGCAUCUUCACCCCUGGGCUCCGGCAACCCCCUCAACACCGCCCCUCGGCCGCAUCAAGGAGCCAACCCCAAGUCCCGGCCGCGACAACUCGGGCAUUGGAAGGCAUCUUGUAGUGACCGGGCCGCGGGUUCGGAACGCCAAGCGCGGUGGCAGUCGGGCGAACGGCGCCUUCGACUCGGGCGGUAAAAAUGAAUGUUGCUGCAGCAGCACCGAUCUCGUUGUCGGGAUUUUACCUAUUGGCGGUUUGGCCAGCCACCUUCCCGGCCAUUCUGGUUCGCAAAUCUCGGGCAUCAACCUCAUCACCUACUACACCGCUGUCAUCUACCGCGGCCUCGCCAUGAGCGACUUCAUGUCACGCCUCCUCGCGGCCCUCAACGGGACGGAAUACUUCAUGGCCUCGUGGCCGGCCGUGUUCCUGGUCGGCAUGAUCACGCCCAUCGCCUUCAACAACAUCGGCUACCAGACCUACGUCAUUUUCGCCGUCAUCAACGCCUCCAUGGCGCCCUGCACCUACUUCUUCUACCCGGAGACCGCCUACCGCUCGCUCGAGGAGAUGGAUAACAUCUUCCACAAGGUCGACGACGGCUGGAAGGGCGUCUUCACCGUCGUCCACCAGACCAAGGCCGAGCCCCGCUGGUACGGCAGGAACGGCGCGCCGCUCGUCGACUACCAGCAGACCGACGAGCACCGUCGACACGUGGGCGAGGCUGGUGUCGUGGCUCCGGAAAAGACUUCUGGGGAGGGCGAUGGGUCUGGGUCGGGGAGCGGCAGCGGGGGUGGUGGUGCUACUAAGCACGAGUUCAAGGCUGAGUAG